GAAAAACCCUGCGAAUUUGCGGAAAAAAACGGUGACUGAAAAAUGUCGAUUCUAUUGAAGAGCCAAACAUGGAGGUGGAUAGUGACCAAGACCCGCGACUCCAAGCCCUUCUUCUUCACCUUCGCCACCGUAUGCGGCGUCGUUCCGGGCAUUAUCGGCUACUUCGUUAUGCAGACCACCAACUCCGGCAACCCAGAGCUCGAGGCCGAGCUUCGCCGCAAAGCCCGACCCGAUACUGUGAUGAUGGGGCAAACAAAUAAAGAACGAUUGGCAGAGUACCUAGGGGAGCUGCAGCGGAAAGAGAACACAAAUGACCGCUAUGUUGCUGCACUGAAAGGACAGACAUUGACUAGGAAUCCAUAUGUGAGAAUUCAACCAGUUCCAAAGGAAAGCAACACGGAAUCUAACAAGGAACAGAAGUAGAUCAGGACGUGCAUCCACUACCAGCAUGAAUGUUUUCUGUUUUGAAGCAAAAGGAAACCUGCCAGCAUGAAUUAAAUCUUUUCAGCAAGGAGGAGAUGUCCUCCUCUACAUUCAUUGGCUUGAUUUUGCUUUUGGUUUCCUUGACGGCUUGACCGGUAGUGAAAGAUGAAUUCAUGUUCUUUACAUAAAGUUAUACAGCAAAAAAAUUAGUUGUAUAUCUCUAUCUCUUUGUUUAAACUGAGGCGCAAGUUUAGUGUCAUAGGCUUUAGAUGCCUAUAACACCCUUCAGAAUAAGAUAAAACAAAUUUGCAUA